GCCCCUCCUCGCCGCCUGACGCCUCCCCCGCCAUGGCGGCUCCGCGGCGCGGGCCCGGCGCGAUGGCGGGGCCGGGGCCCGGGCCGGCUCCUCCGCGCCUGGCGCUGCUCCUGGCGCUGCUCGCCGCGCUGCUGGCCGCCAAGUACUACCGGGACAUGGAGGCGGCGCGGCAGCAGGAGCUGGCUCUGAAGUCCUUGGGGAAUGAGGGGCUGUUCCUGUUCUCCUCCCUGGACACAAACAAGGACCUGUACCUGAGCCCAGAGGAGUUCAAGCCCAUUGCUGAGAAGCUCACAGGGGUUGCUCCAGGCUCAGAGUCUGAAGAGGAGGAGACACUGGAUCCCAACGGGGAGACUUUGUCCAUCGUGGCCAAAUUCCAGCCCUUGGUGAUGGAAACAAUGACCAAGAGCAAGGAUGGUUUCCUGGGAAUUUCUCACGUGGCUCUGUCUGGGCUGAGGAACUGGACAGCCCCAGCAGCCCCUAUGAGUGUCCUGCUGGCCAGGCAGUUCAAAGCCUUCCUGCCCCCAAAGAAUAAUCUGGAACUUGGGGAUCCGUGGUGGAUAAUUCCCAGUGAGCUGAACAUCUUCACUGGGUAUCUCUCCAACAACAGGUUUUACCCUCCACCUCCCAAGGGCAAAGAGGUGAUCAUCCACAAGCUGCUGAGCAUGUUCCACCCCCGGCCCUUCGUCAGGACGCGCUUCGCCCCGCAGGGAGCCGUGGCCUGCAUCCAGGCCAGCAGCAGCUUCUACUACAGCAUAGCAUUCAGGAUCCACGCUGAAUUCCAGCUGAACGAGCCACCAAACUUCCCCUUCUGGUUUUCCCCGGGGCAGUUCACAGGUUACAUUGUCCUGUCCAAGGACUCUUCCCACGUCAGGGACUUCAGGCUCUUUGUUCCUAACAACAGGUCCCUGAACGUGGACAUGGAGUGGCUGUACGGGGCCAGCGAGAGCAGCAACAUGGAAGUGGACAUUGGAUACCUGCCCCAGAUGGAGCUGGAAUCCACAGGGCCCUCGGUGCCCAGCGUGAUCCACGACGAGAACGGGAACGUCCUGCACAGCAGGGACCCCUCAGGGGAGCCCAUCCACUUCGUGUUUGAGGAGAUCAGCUGGCAGCAGGAGAUCCCCUGGCAGGAGGCAGCCCACAGGCUGGAGGUGGCCAUGUACCCAUUUAAGAAGAUCUCCUACCUGCCCUUCACAGAGGCCUUUGAGAGAGCACAAGCAGAGAAGAAGCUGGUGCACUCCAUCCUGCUCUGGGGUGCCCUGGAUGACCAGUCCUGCUGAGGUUCGGGGCGAACUCUCCGGGAAACCGUCCUGGAAAGUUCGCCCGUCCUCGCCCUGCUGAACCAGAGCUUCAUCAGCAGCUGGUCCCUGGUGAAGGAGCUGGAGGAGCUGCAGAGCAACAGAGAGAAUGAGUUCUACAGCAAGCUGGCCAAGCUGCACCUGGAGAAAUACAACUUCCCUGUGGAGAUGAUCAUCUGCCUCCCCAACGGCACGGUGAUUCACCAUAUCAAUGCCAACUAUUUCCUGGACAUUACUUCUAUGAAGCCUGAAGAUGUUGAAAGCAGCAUUUUCAGUUUCUCAAGCAAUUUUGAAGACCCUUCAACAGCAACUUACCUCCAGUUCCUGAAGGAAGGGCUGCAGAGAGCACAGCCAUACCUGCAGCCCUAAACCAGGCACCUGGAUGCCCCACUGAGAUGGCCAAAGACUUCAGAGAUCUAUUUUGGAUACAGCAAACCCUCCUCCUCUCCCUGGCACACUUUGCUGAGCUGCAGGCAGUCCCAGUGCUCUGGAUCCUGGUUUGGGGCUGAGCUCCAGGUUCCAGUUGACACACCCUGUCCUUCUUCAGUUCAGGCACAUUGUCACAGGAGUGAAAAUACUUGAAUCCAUUCCUAGGGCACAGCCUGGCCCUGCCAGCCACCCUCCUUUCCCUGCAGCUCCUGUUGGGACUGGUGUGAGCCCAGCAGUGCUGCUGUGACACAGGACAGAGCAGCAGCUCCUGCUCCAGCUGGGGCAGCUCUGGGGCCUGCUGGCAGUGACAGACUGUGAGAGGACACUGCAGUGACAGUCUGUGUGGGGACACUGGCAGUGACAGUCUGGGGACACUGCAGUGACAGUCUGUGUGGGGACAGUGACAGUCUGUGUGACAGGGCUGUGGCAGCCCUGAGCUGAGGGGACUCUGAGCAGUGCCCUGUGUGACCUCACCCCCUCAGGGUACUGCCAAGCCUGGCUGUGCCCCUCGGGGUGGCACAGGGACACCAGCAGCUCAGCUGUGGUGCAGCUCAGGCUCUGAGAGCCCCAGUGUCCCACCCACCCUCCAUCCCUGGGAGCUCCUCCUGCAGCUGCUGCUCUGUCCCGUUGGCUUUGAGCUUCCAGGUCCUGCAGGGUGAGGAGCCAUGAAGUUCCCUCUCGCCUGGGUGAGACCUGGCCAGUUCUAAAAGCCAGAAGUACAGAAAGAUAUUUUCAGGAAUUUUUUCCAAAGAGGCUGUUCAGACAUGAAGCCAUUAUCCCUUAGAUGAAGCCACCCUGAGCAGUUGCUCUGCUCUGUGCCUGGAUAGAGUGAGCAUCACUUUUUAACUGGAGAAGGAAAGGUUCGAGAAACAGGUUUGAAGGCAAAUUCCUGCAGCAAUGUGGGGACACGAAGCAUCUCCAGUAGCUCCUGCAGCCAGCCCUGGCUGGUGAUGUUUUUUCUGCUCUCUGAAGCACAAUUUUGUUGGACCAAAUCAAAUUAAGGGAAAAGCUUUUUUUUUUUUUUUUUUUUGGACCAGGUAUUUUCAUUCGUGGGAGGAGCCUGGGGGUGGCAAUGUGGCAAUUCCCCUGUCCCCACCUGAGCCUGGAGACUGAGCUAAGCUCUCCCCUGGGCCAAGCCAGUGUCGCUUCACUAAUUGCUGCAGUGAGAUUAAUGAAUGGCCCCGGGAUGUCUCUCAGAGUUGGCUUUGUAACUAUGCAUUAGCUCUGCACUUCUCCCACCCCAGUGGGACAGUUUGGGGUCCCGGGCAGCGCUGGACACCGUUCCUGUCACCCCUUUAGGGACCUCGAUCCCUUGGGUCUCAUGAGCUCCCUGCAGUCCAGGGGAAGGGGCAGAGUCUGCGCAGGGAGCCCGGAAUCCGCCCGUGUCCCUCUGUCCGCGUUAACCUGCCGGGCUGCUGUCACUGCCGUGUCACCGCUGUGUCCCUGUCCCCGUGUCCCCGUCCCCCGGUGUCGCGGGGCUCUGAGCCGCCCCGCUCCGUGCCGAGCGCUGCUGUCGCUGCCCCGGGAGCGGCUCCUCCCGCGCCUUGUGACGCCCUGGCCCCAAAGCCGCGCGGGCCCGGGCCGAUGUCGGCCGGGAGGGGCGGCGGAGCGGCCCCGGUAACAGCGCUCGGUAAAACCAUCCGGUAAAACCGCUCGGUAAAACCAUCCUGCACCCCCA